AUGAAGGCCACCGGACCGAGUAGCCAGCGCCUCCCUCGUCGCGAACCGCUUCUUCCCGCCGCCUUCCAGUCCCCUCUGCCGCUGCUGGUGCAUCUGGCCGCGGCGGCACUGGUGGGCCGCAUGGCGGCGGGCGCGCGCGGCAGUGAUGACGUGGCUGCGACGGCAGGCGAUUCGCAAGCCACAGCAGCAGCGCUGCUCGCCGUCGCCGCACUCAAUCUCACGCGCUCGCCCAUAUCAGCGCUGUUCGUGUUUGGCGACUCGCUGGUGGACGUGGGCAACAACAACCACGGCACGCACCGCUUCCUGCGUGCGGACCUGCCGCCCUACGGCAUCAACUACAAGCCCGCGUCGGGGCGCUUCUCCGACGGCCGCCUGCAGAUAGACUUCCUCGCGCGCUAUCUGGGGCUGCCCUCGCCGCCCCCUGUGCUGCAGCCGGGGCGCAGCGCUACUCGCGGGCUCAACUUCGCCAGUGCGGGGGCGGGCGUGCUCGACGCCACCAACCGGGGCCAGACCUUCCCGCUCUCAUUCCAGCUGGGAAAGUUCCGGGAAGUGCACGCAGCGGUGGUGGGGCAGGACGGCAGCGAGCAGGGCAGUGGGAGCAACGAGUCUGCCGGUGCGAUGCUGAAUGGCGGUGAUGCUGGGAGUGUGGGGAGCGCCAGCAGCAGCAGCAGCAGCAGCAGCAGCGAGGAGAGCCUGCCAGACAAGAGCGCACUGGCAUCAGCGCUGUACGUGGUGCAGGUGGGGUCCAACGACUAUCUCUACCUGCUCUCGCACCUCAACAUGGGGCUCGUCCCCAACAUCCCCACCUCCCUCCCCCCCCGCAACGCCACGCGCUCUCCUCGCUUCCGCAAUGCCUCCUCGCUGCCUCGCCUGCUCAACACCACCGCACUGCCACCCCCUCUCUUCAACUCUACAGCCCUACCAUCCGCCUCCUUAACCUCUGCUGCUUCUGCUGCUUCUGCCUCCACGGUUCAACCAGCUUCAUCCCCCGAACGGACUGCCGCUGCAAACAACGUGUCUGACUCCACAGGACCAGCCGUCCGCCUGCGCAGGGCGGGGACACGUGGCGUGCUGCCAUUGGAGGAGGCAGUGAGCCGGCCGCCACAGUCGGUGACGGACACUCUUGCUUCAGUGGGGCGGCUGUCAGCGGCGCUGGGGCCCACCAUUGCUGCGUCCAGCCAGGGCACGGUGGAUGCCGUGCAGACCCUCUACAGCAUGGGCGCGCGGCGCUUCCUGGUGUACCUGCUGCCGCCCAUCGCGUGUGCGCCCACUCUCAUGCAGGCGCUGGGGCAGCGCACGUGCUCCGCGUCGCCGCUGUCCGCCGUGCCGGUCGCCCACAACGCGGUGCUCACGGCGGGGCUGCACGCGCUGCAGGCGCGGCUGCCCGGCAUGGUCAUCCUCACGGCAGACGUUGGGGCGUUUGUGGUCCGCGCUGUGGAGCAGCCGCACGCGCUGGGCUUCACCAAUGGCCCGGAGGCAUGCUGCGGGGGGCCUGCACCACUCAACGGGCUGGUGCAGUGCGGCCGCACGGCGCUGGUCAACGGCACCCCCACGCGCUACACGCUGUGCCGCCGCCCCUCCCGCCACGUCUUCUGGGACGCCUUCCACCCCUCCCAGCGCCUCAACCACCUGCUUGCCGCCCGUGUGUGGCGUGGCUCCGAGGGCGGAUGGGAUGCUGAUGAAGGGGAUGGUGGGGAUGAAGGGUUGGGUGAUGAUGUGGGUGAGGAUGAUGGUGGUAGUGGAGUUGUAAUGCGUCCUUUUGGGUUGAGAGCACUCGCAAGAUAUUUAGCUGAGAUAGAAUGA